UUUUCAAUUUACUAUUUACAGGGCAAAGAUGAGUUUCAUCAACAACUGGAUGCCUUUGGCCCCACUCACAGAUGAGGAAAUAUUUAGCAGAGGAGUCAGUGUCAAAGAAGAGCUCAAUGAUGUCACUGAAGAGACAUGUCUAGAAAUUAAGGAGGAACCACUUGAUUAUGCAGAUAAGGAGAGGGAUGAAGUAAGUGACAUAAAAGUGAAACAUAAUUGUCUUUCCUGUCCUAAUCUUCAUGACCUAAGACAUGAAACAAAUGGAAAGGUCUUGUGUAAUUUUGUUCGGGAUCAUAAUGACUUGUUAAAUGUCCCAUUUGUGGCUGAGGACUGUAGGAACAAGUGUUUAUCAGAUGGGGAUCAGAUGAUGCACAAGGAAUGUCUUGAGGAUAUGCAAAUAAAAGUGGAAGCAACACUGAAUCGUUUUGUAUGUGAGGUGUGUGGUAAGAAAUUUUCUCAUAAGAGUAAUAUCAAUAUUCAUAUGAGAGUCCAUACAAAGGAGAAGCCAUACAGCUGUGAUAUUUGCAAUAAGGCAUUCUCACAGAUAAGUGAUCUAACAAGACAUAUGAGAGUACAUACAAAGGAAAAGCCAUACAGCUGUGAGAUUUGUGACAAGGCCUUCUCACAGAAAAGUGAUCUAACAAGGCAUAUGAGAGUACAUACAAAGGAGAAGCCAUACAGCUGUGAUAUUUGCAAUAAAGCCAUCUCACAGAAAAGUAAUCUAGUGAGCCAUAUGAGAGUUCAUAUAUAGGAGAAGCCAGUCAGCUGUGAUAUUUGUAAUAAAGCCGUGACAUCCUAAAACAAUCAAACAAAGCAUAUCAGAGUACAUACAAAAGAAAUGCAAUAUACCUGUGAGAUUUGCAAUAAGGCCUUCUCACAGAAAAUAAAUCUAGUGAGUCAUUUAAGAAUCAUAUGAUAGAGAAAAUAUAUUCUGUGAUAUUUGUAACAAGCCUUCUCACUUCAAACUAAAAUAGUGAACCAUUUGAGAGUGCAUGUGUAGUAGCAUGACCCCACAACCUGAAGAUCAGCAUAAUUGUCAGAAUGGCUCACAUCAAGUCCACAUCUGUGUCCUCGCCCUCUCACCAGCAGGCACUUCUCUCGACACACUGCAGAAACCUGACUGGUUGAUACGGACACCUCUCGGCUCCCCUUGUUCCCUGCUGGCUUCCACAGCACCCAGCUAUACCAAGUGACACUCACACAAUCACUCCGCAAAGAGAUAAAGACUAGUUCCAGUAGUAGAUGCAUAUCCAUCUAGUCCAUAUUCAAAG